GGCGGGGCCUGCAGCACAGCGGAAAAGGUGGGCGCUGCGAAGAGCAAGGCCGGGGUUGAAAAUUUGUCGAGUCCUGAGGAGUUUAGACUGAAAAAUACUUUCCUCUCCUUUUGGCAAUCUCCAACAUGAUUCAUAGCCUUUUCUUGAUCAACUCCUCAGGAGAUAUUUUCCUGGAGAAACAUUGGAAAAGCGUGGUCAGCCGUUCUGUUUGCGAUUACUUUUUUGAGGCACAAGAGAGAGCUACUGAGGCAGAAAACGUACCACCAGUUAUCCCUACCCCUCACCACUAUCUCUUAAGUGUAUACCGGCACAAGAUCUUCUUUGUGGCUGUGAUCCAGACGGAGGUCCCACCUCUAUUUGUCAUUGAGUUCCUUCACCGAGUAGUGGACACAUUUCAGGAUUAUUUUGGAGUCUGUUCAGAGCCGGUGAUCAAAGACAACGUGGUUGUGGUUUAUGAGGUUUUGGAAGAGAUGCUUGAUAAUGGGUUUCCAUUAGCUACCGAGUCAAACAUCCUCAAAGAACUGAUAAAGCCUCCCACCAUUCUUCGAACGGUUGUCAACACCAUAACAGGAAGUACCAAUGUGGGUGACCAGCUUCCCACUGGGCAGCUGUCAGUGGUGCCGUGGCGACGGACUGGGGUGAAAUACACCAAUAACGAGGCCUAUUUUGAUGUGAUUGAAGAGAUUGAUGCCAUCAUUGAUAAAUCAGGUUCCACCAUUACCGCUGAGAUCCAAGGGGUGAUUGAUGCCUGUGUCAAGCUGACUGGAAUGCCGGACCUUACGCUGUCCUUCAUGAACCCCAGGUUGCUGGAUGACGUCAGCUUCCAUCCUUGUGUUCGUUUCAAGCGCUGGGAAUCCGAGCGUAUCCUCUCCUUCAUCCCUCCUGAUGGAAACUUUCGCCUGCUCUCUUACCAUGUCAGUGCCCAGAACCUGGUGGCAAUUCCAGUGUAUGUCAAACACAGCAUCAGUUUCCGGGACAGUAGUUCACUUGGACGCUUUGAAAUAACAGUGGGACCUAAACAGACUAUGGGGAAGACCAUUGAGGGAGUGAUCGUCACCAGCCAGAUGCCCAAAGGGGUCCUGAAUAUGAGCCUCACUCCAUCUCAGGGAACACACACGUUUGACCCAGUUACCAAGAUGCUGUCUUGGGAUGUAGGAAAAAUAAAUCCCCAAAAGCUACCAAGUUUGAAGGGGACCAUGAGUCUUCAGGCUGGAGCUUCCAAGCCAGAUGAGAACCCCACAAUUAACCUGCAGUUUAAGAUCCAGCAGCUGGCCAUUUCUGGACUCAAAGUGAACCGUUUGGACAUGUAUGGAGAGAAGUACAAACCCUUCAAGGGCAUAAAAUACAUGACCAAAGCUGGAAAGUUCCAAGUUCGAACCUGAAGGGAGAGUUUUGUGAAGGGAACGGUCACCAACACUUUUUCCUUUCUUACUUGUCUAAAAGUGAAAAAAUAUCAGCCUGUCUCCUAGGUCAGUUUCCUUCUGGACCCACCCACUCCCUUUUUUCCUUAGCCUUCAGUGCCUGGAACUAAUCAAGGGAGAAAAGGGUCACCAGGGAGGAUGGGACAGAACUGAAACGCAGUCAGCACCAACUCAGUUCUCAAAGAGGAGCUGCGUGAUGGAGGCCAGAGAUACCUGAUACCAUAUAUAACUAUUUUUAACAUGGUCACUCUAGGAAAACACUAGCAUCUGUUACUUGUUUGGCUUUAUUAUCUAAAGCCAAUGAAGACUUAUUUGUUAUUAUUUUUUAAGUGGGAAGGAAGGAAGGAAGGAAGGAAGGAAGGAAGGAAGGAAGGAAGGAAGGAAGG